UGUGCACAUCGCGUUUCCAGCUUCACCGCUUCGUCUUUUACCACACCCUCGAGCGUUUCCUUCCAACGUCUCUUCCCUUAUUGCUUCGUACACCAUGUCCGCUACAAGAGUCCAUUCUCACCAUGCUCUACCAGCGCCUGUCGUUCACCAGGGUUUUUCUAUCUCGCAAUCCAAGUCCCACGUACUGGCCGGAGUCCAGGACGCGUACUGGAACGAUGAAGAAGCAGAAGAUGCAGAGUGUCCGCUUUGCUUGGAAGAAAUGGAUAUCUCGGAUCUCAAUUUCAAGCCUUGCGUCUGCGGCUACCAGAUCUGUCGCUUCUGCUGGCACCACAUCAAAGAGAACCUCAACAAGCGUUGUCCAGCUUGCCGAAGAGUGUACACAGAUGAGGGCGUAGAGUUCAAGCCCAUUUCGCCUCAAGACCACAAGCGUCUGACCCAGCAGAAGAAGCAACGCGAACGAGAGCGCAAGGAGCUCGACGCUUUGGGUAGACGCCAUCUGGCCAAUGUGCGUGUCGUUCAACGCAAUGUCGUGUACGUAGUCGGAAUAGGACCUCGAUUCGCCAAGGAAGAGGUACUUAUGGGAAAAUCACGAAGAUCGUUUUGGUCAAGAGGACACCAUCGGGAGGCGGUGCGCCCGUUGUUGGGCUGUACAUCACAUAUCACAGACGGGAAGAUGCUGCACGCGCCAUCGCCGCUGUCGACUGGAACACCAUCUCCUGGCGGCGGCCGUGAAGUGAUGAGAGCCAGCUACGGAACUACGAAAUACUGCAUGGCCUUCUUGCGGGGUGCUACAUGUAGCGAUCACAGUUGCAUGAAUUUGCAUGAAUGGGGAGAUGAAAAGGACUGCUUUACGAAGGAGGACUUGACGACUCUUAAACAUACGAUCAAAGCAACAGAAAGCCGAACAAGAACGGUUAUGGGAAAGAAAGGGGAAGAAGCUGAAGGGCUACCGCGUGCCGCAGCUUGGGGACACAAAACAACGGCACCUGUCGCGUCGACGACUGUUUCCUCCAGCAUUUCUUCGCCUUCGACUAUCCCGGUCUCGCGUCAGAGUCGGCGGGGUGGUAGCAGACAAACUCGUCCUGUUGCAACUGAGUCUCGGCCAUCGAAUGCCCGUGUACAACAGGAUAGAAGGUCUGCAAAGUCCACGUCGCAGCUAUCGUCUCGUCCUUCCACGCCUGCCUCACUUCCACAACGUCCCUUAACUCCUGGUGAGGCGAAGUCUCUGCAGAAGAAGCCUUCAACGCCUACCCAGCCGCCGUCUCCUACUCCAUCUGGCAAUGCCGAGUCGGAGCCAGGUUCUCUCUCUCCUGCUAAAUCAUCCGAGUCGCUACCGCCUUCUGUUCCACCAGGUCUCCCCGCAGUUCCCCCGGGUCUGUCAGCGCCGCCAGGUCUUCCUUCUCCAGCGCGCCCACCCCGCACAGAGACAGCGUCUCCACAAACGCCACUUCUCGCCAUGCAGACUUCAUAUCAGAUGUCAAAUGCAGCACGAGCAUUACUUGAUGAUGUCAAGGCCCGACGCGAAGCUCCUCCGCCAUCUGUCUCAGCGCUAAGUCCUUUCCCCGACUUUGAUCGUACGUUGCAGAAUCUGUCUGGUGGAGAUGGCGGCUUUGGCGGGUUCAGUUUCAACCUAGAUCCCAAGCUUGCGGGCGACGAUGCAAACGAGGUGCAGCUACCUGACUUUGAGGCAGAGGCACAAACACCUUUUGUUGGCACCUAUGUCGACGCCUUUCCAGCUCUACGACCCGGUGCUCCCAGUGGUGCUUUUAUGGCGCCGCCGGGUUUGCCAUAUCCCCAUAAUCCUAGUCGGUCGAUAUACGACCCCAUGUCUGUUCGGUCUUCGCCAUCAAUCGAGCGGCAGUCUACUGGAGGGUCGAAUUAUGUUGGAUCUUUCAACCCUUUUGCAGAGCAAAACGAGGAUUCAUCUCAAGUGCAUUCUCCAACUAAAUCUUCCUUUGAUGAUGAAACCAGGAAAGUUUCGCGCUUCGGAUUUGCUCGGGGCAGACGAGGGUCAACAGCGGCAUCCUCGCCUCUUCACGUUCCUUCUCCUCUCAGUGUCAGUAACAGCAUAAGCGAAACGCACUCGAUAUACAACUCCGUCGACCAACAACCUCAUUCUCCUGCCAUCUCACAGUGGUCGCUGCAUUCACGUCAAGAUUAUGUUUACCAACAGCCACCUUCCGCGAUGGCUUCCCCCAUGCUGCAGCAUGCUCAAGCCCAACCGUAUUCACAGGCGCAAGGUCGUUUUCCUUUGUUCAACGCCGGUAUAAAUGCCGGUAUCAGUGAAGCAGAUCUCAGAGAUUUCAUCCAAUCAAGCCGGGAUCGGGCAGUCAAUGGUUCGGCCGUGCGUAGCGGCUCUGCUGAACAACCGGGCGCAACUGGCCAUCAACCCUUCACUGACCCAGCCAUUAUGUCUGCUCGAUUCGCGUCGGGUCAAGACGUGGGGUAUCAGCCCAUGGAUCAAAGCCAUUUACACUAUGCAUCACCACCUGGACUCGCGUACCCUCAAGCCAACGCGAACUUUCCAGGUGCAUUAGGGAUGGAGACCAAUGGAGCCAUGAAUGUAUCCAUAGACACAGCCGUACAACCUCCGAUUUUGUCAACCUCAGACUUCCCGGCGCUUUCAUCUGCAGCUCCGAGUACAGACACUGCCCCCACUGCCCCGACAACAGACGAAGUCUCUCCUGAAGAUCUUGAAGCCCAAGAGAAGGCGGAACGCAAAGCUGCUAAACGGGCUGCUGCUGCUGAAAGGGCAGCCGAGAGGCAGAAGAUUGCACAAGAGAAGGCGGCAGCUAAGGCGGCAGAGAAGGCGCGUAUUGCGCAGGAAAAAGCUGCCGAGAAGGAGAAGGCUGCGGCAGUAAAGGCACAGCAAGAAAAGGAGCGUUUGGAGAAGGAAAAAAUCAAAAAAGAGGAAGCAAAGGCAACGAGAGAGAAGGAGCGUCUUGCGAAGGCAGAGAGGGAGGAAAAGUUGGCACAGCUGGAGAAAGAGAGGGCGGCCCAGGCAGAGAAGGACAGGGAGCUGCGUAACGCCAUCAGGGAAGCUAAAUUAGCGAGCGAACGCGCUAAAAUCACGGCAUUGGAGAAAUCUGUCGCUCGUCAAGCAUCUGCUGCGACUCCCACCGAAACAGUCCAGGUUCCUCUCCUCUCGAAGAAGCCAAAGAAGAACAAGCCCAUCGCGAAACCCGCUAAGGCUCCUGUAAAAGAAGAGGAUCAGGUUACUGAGGAAACCUCGACCAUAUUUACUGCCUCUGACGUACCGCUUCUUCCAUCGAGCAAAGGAAACACUGCGACCUCGAGCUCCACCAACUCUCGUUCUCAAUCCGUGGAUCGUAAAGGACCCACGCCAGUGGAAGAUUUGCUGCAGGAUAUCCACAUGAUGAACCCGGCCAUGGAUCUUCCAAAUCAUCCCUUCUUCAAUCUUCAUAAGAUCAACCCUGCUGCGAAGAUGCCGCUCGAAUACGGACCACUUGUGCAUGCCCUGUCUGCUCUGUCGGUUGGUGGUGGCACGUUCGCCAACAGUGUGCCUUCAGGAUCCAUUGAUAACGCUGUCUCUUCCUUCCAGCAACUGUUGGAGACACUCACACAGACCAUCUCCGAUCUUCUGCGGCUGUUACCUCGCACGACCUGGGACGAUAGUUCCUCCUUUGAUGGCGUGUUGAGGGAUAUGUUGAAGGGAGACGACUUUCUUGAUGAAGGAGGCGAAGAGAGCCAAGGAAAAGACGACGAGGUUGCUGCGCUGACCCUUGCCCUCGAACGACGUGCACGUUGGAUGGAGGUACAACUUUCCAAGCUCGAAGAACUUCAUCGAGAUAUCAAUACCGCUGCUGUUCGUGCGGUCCUUGCUUUCAACGACAGUGGUUGGGACAGACACGGGUUCAUGCCUCGAGUUGGAAAUACCUUGCGCAGGUUUGACAAUAUGGGCUUGGUUGAGGAGAAUGGUGUUAAACUUGCGGUUGCGAGGGAAGCUGCGGUGUUUGCUGAGACGGAAGUGAGGGAGAUGAUGGAGAAUAUGCAAGCAUUCAAGCCCAUAGAUUAGAUUAUAGUUCCAUGCUUUUUAGUAUUAUAAUGAAACGACUUUUCUGCAUCCAUAGUGUUGGAACGCAAUGGAUGAAUAAAGACUUGGGUAUAUGCGCCUUUUCAUUGUGUGUUUUUUUUUUUAUACAAAAC